UGAACUAGUAAUGCGUUAAUGAAGGUUGUUUGAUGGGAUUGUUGCAAUUCUUAAUCUGUUUUGUUGGUCACAUGCAUUGCAGGUUGUUGUCAAAAGAGUAAUUGAUGCAAUUGUAAUUUGUAGCAAUAUUAAUUAUAGAUACAUAGAAACAUUAGAACGUUCAUAGAAAUGCUGGAUCCCGUGGAUAUGGAUAUUGCUGAUUCUGAUUUUCUCAACAACCAAUUUGAUAAUGGAGACUCUUCUGACUCUGACAUUGAUAAUUACUGCAUGUCUUUUACUUGUAAGAAUCGCUUAUUCGGCCGCCAGAAGCCUCUUCAUGUUGUCCUCGGCGCCGGUGUAUCUGCUGACAUUAUACUUUGGAGAAACAAGCAGAUCUCUGGCUACAUUUUUAUGGGUGCUACACUUACAUGGCUUCUCUUUGAGAGGACAGGUUAUAACUUGGUUGUGUUUGUAUGCCAUGCUUCAUUGCUUUCAUUGACAGCCCUGUUCUUGUGGUCCAAUUUGGGUUCCUUCAUCUAUGUGUCUCCACCAGAAAUUCCAGAGACUAUCUUACCACAACAUCUGUUUAUGAGGACCGCUAUUUCCUUGACAGCUACAUAUAAUCAAGCAUUAAGAUCGUUUCGGCAUGUAGUUUUUGGGACAGACAUAAGAGAUUUCCUAUCGGUGGCGGUGGUUUUGUGGGUUCUCUCUGUUGUCGGACGUCUAUGCAGUUUCUUGAGUUUCCUCUACAUAGUGUUUGUGAUACUGAUGAUAGUGCCAGCGCUGUAUGACAACCUGGAGGAUAGCGUUGACUCCUUUGCAGAGAAAGCACUAAUUGCAAUAAACAAGCAGUACGCAGUGUUGGAUGAAAAAGUUAUCCAAAAACUAAAAAAGAGUGUAAUUUCUUCCAAGAGUAGGAAGCAACAAUAAUUAUUUGAGGUUCUGCUGCACCCUUCCUCUUCAUACAGUCGGUACAGUUCAUAUGUCGUUCUUGCUCGUUUUGUUCCGUCAGUUAAUUUUACUUUAUUUGUCUGAUCAAAUCUGUAAAAUGAAGAUGUAGAAAGGAAAAUAUAUAUGUUGCUUUCUACCUGUUUUGCUAGUAGCCUUGUUUAGUUUUACUUGAGGAGUAAGUAAUCAUUCAUCAUCCUUGUUAUAUGAGAGAAAAUGUAUUGUUCCAAUUUUGGUUUCUGAUGCAAAUUUCUAAACAAGGCUAC